GUAUGCCAAGACGUGUUGAAAUAGUAAUAAAAGCAAAAGGUGCUGCUAUUAAGUACUAAACAUUAAAGUGCAUAUAUGCUAUGGGUUUCAUCAGAAAGAGGAGGCUUCUAUCUUUCCGCUAGUACAUACCAUAUAGCACUUUGCUUAAUAAAUAAACGAUUAGUUACCGCGAAUUUGCAUAAAUUACUUAAAACUCCACACUUUUGUGGGUCACUGUAUCUUUUGAUUAUCUCACUCUCACGACUGAAUAAGAUGCAUAUCUAUAAUCUACCAAAUGAUAUUUUGAUGAUCAUUAACUCAAAACUGAAUCGAAAAGCCGAACUCAACUUAGCCCUCGCGUCAAAAUCAAUGUUUGAAAAGUGUAGACAUAUUAAGAAUGGUGAAGUGUUUGAUUUAGUAUUAAUGGAUCAACUGGGUAGCUUUUUCCACACUACAAUAAUUAAUGCCAGCAUACAUCUGUACAUCCACUGUAUUGAUUACAGUGCGUUAUAUACACAAUUAAAUUGUUUCUACUAUCUGGCAAGUUUGAUAGUAAAGUUCUCAGAUCCAAUUACAUCAAAUAACGCUUAUUCUUUUCUAUCUAGUAUUCCAAAACUGUACAAUUCAUCUUUUGAUUUGUCUGUUGAAGACGAGCAUAACCAUGCGGUCAUGAAUCAAGUAGUCAGCUCUCAUAUUAAAAAAGGCAUUGUUGUAAAAAGAAUUAACAACUACAAUACAUACAGAAGAAAAAAAAAAGGCUGUACUAAAAAUGAAGUUAUCCCUGCUCCCUUGGCCGAUAUAAUAGAUAAGAAAAUGUACCAAUUGGGCAAUAUUAAUAGUGAUAUGCUAUUGAAAGAAGUACAAAGUAAACAAGAUGCAGAAGAUAAUAUUAAGAAAAUCAUAUCACCCAAAUUACUGGAAGCAGUUAUUGUUUUUCGGAAAAACUGGAUAUUUGCAACACAGUUUGAAGUUUAUUAUAAAAAUAAUUUAUACAUUGACGAAUCUGCCAUAACGGCUUUGUUGGAUAAGUAUCCAAGCAAUCUUGUCACUAAGGUGAAAAAUAAGACGGAGAAAGGAAAGUCCUGGUUUAAAUUAUCAAUCUUUUGGGGUAGGUUUGAGAUGCUUUUGACUGGUGGAAUAUGUGGCAGCAAUAUGUCGAAUGAUGUUGUACCCUUUUUGGGGCCAAAUGUGCCGCUGAAGGAGUCAGUUGACGGAGACUCUUUUACAAGCGAGAACAUAUAUGUAAAUUGUCAUGCUGAUGGCGUGAAAGCACGCUUUCAACUGUUCAAAGCUUCACAAACAUUAAAGAACUGGUCAUACCGCAAUCAAAUAAAGGACUUCUCCACAAUCAAAGAAAGACUGGUUGCAAACAAGGGAAGCAAAGAUUUGAUAGCUCUAGCAGAAUACACGUGGAAGUUGAAUUUGGCUUUUCGAUUCAGUUUUAAGUUAGUAAUUGUCCAAAGACGUAGCCAGUUCGAGGAUAAGUAA